AUUCACUCAUCACCAUCCUCACUCCUCUCAAUUCCCUCCCAACCAUGCCAUCUCCUCUCCGCAUGGCCGCCGCCCGCUACGGGUCGGCCACCACCCGCCACGCCCUCCGCCGCUACACCACCCAAACCACAACCACCACCACGCCCAUCUCCCCCUUCGCGCCUCGCCAUCUCCUCUCCACAGCCGACCUAACCCCCACCGAAUUCGCAACCCUCGUCCGCAACGCCUCCACCCACAAACAUGCCCUCAAGUCCGGCUCCCCCCUCCCUCAAUCCCUCCAAGGCUCACUGGCCGGCAAAACCGUCGCCCUGAUGUUCAGCAAACGCAGCACCCGCACCCGCAUCUCCACCGAAGGCGCCGUCGUCCAAUUAGGCGGCCACCCCAUGUUCCUCGGCAAAGACGACAUCCAACUCGGCGUGAACGAAUCCCUAUACGAUACCUCGGUUGUGGUCUCCUCCAUGGUGGAGUGCAUUGUUGCCCGGGUGGGAAAACACGCCGAGGUGGCGGAUUUGGCCAAACAUUCCACCGUCCCGGUGAUUAAUGCGCUAUGUGAUAGCUUUCAUCCGUUGCAGGCGGUUGCGGACUUUCAGACGAUUUAUGAGCAUUUUACUGGGGGUAAGGGAAGCAAGGAUGGGAGUGGGUUGGGGAUCGAGGGGUUGAAGGUUGCUUGGGUGGGAGAUGCGAAUAAUGUGCUUUUUGAUAUGGCGAUCAGUGCGGCGAAGAUGGGGGUUGAUGUGAAUGUGGCUACGCCGAAGGGGUAUGAGAUCCCCCAGGAGAUGUUGAGGAUUAUUGAGGCUGCUGGAGAGGGCGUUCAGAGGCCCGGGAAGUUGGUUCAGACGAAUGUUCCUGAGGAGGCGGUUAAGGGCGCCGAUGUGUUGGUUACGGAUACGUGGGUGUCCAUGGGACAGGAGGAGGAGACCGUCAAGAGGUUGAGGGAUUUCGAAGGGUUUCAGAUUACCCCUGAGUUGGCGAAACGGGGCGGUGCUAAGGAGGGUUGGAGAUUCAUGCAUUGUCUUCCUAGGCAUCCGGAGGAGGUUAGUGAUGAGGUGUUUUAUAGUCAUCGGUCGUUGGUUUUCCCGGAGGCGGAGAAUCGUCUGUGGGCGGCGCUUUCGGUCUUGGAGGGCUUUGUGGUUAAUAAGGGGAAGAUUGUUCGGUAGAUUGAUGAGGGAUGGGAUGGUCUUGUAGUAUAGCAUUAUCUGUGUGUGUGUGUGAUUAGCAAUUGAUCGAUUGAAGGCUUGUAUCGAUAGCUCCCUCCCUGGGGUUCUUAUAUCAUUUACAUACUACCAAAAUACCCCAAC